UCGGGAACUUCGCACACUACCGAAAAGCAUGAGAAAUUGAAUUUCGUACACUGAGUUGAAAAGAAUAGUAUAUAACACGCGGGCGUGUAUGUGAUCCUCGAACUUGUUUCGUAAUAUUAUAUUAAUGUUUUCUCAAAAACUGGCUUUAAUGCUAAAACAAAGACCGUUACGCAAUUGUUUUAAUGUAAUUUUUUUUUCAUCGUUUGUCACAGUUUCAGGUUAAAUUUUCAAAAUUUUUCUGUCAAAAUUUUCAUUCCUUUCCACGUAACCUUAUCCUCGCGAAAUUUGCAACAUCAGUAACAGCAAUGAAUCUUUAAAUAUGUACAACCGGUUAAAUUAACCACUAACUUUUACAAAAUUUCAAACUCUAAUAAUUUUGGCUUAAUAAAUUAUUGUUCCUCAUGAAGUCACCUUGUCAUCAACAAUUAUUUUGCGUACCUCAUCCGGCUAAGGUAUUUGCUGGCGCUUUUCUUGUUGGUUAUUAUCACGCGAGAGGUUGGUCCUCGAGAAACAGAAAACCUUACGAGGUAAGCAGUGAUGGCGGAACAGCAGAAUCUAAUGGCUUAAUGCGUCCCCCGUAUGAACCAUCGCCGCACAAUUUCCCGAACGUCACUGCAGAUUCAAGUUAUGCAUUACUAUUAUUACGAAGCAAAGAAUUGAAGGAAGCUUGGGAUGGAACAAACGGAGUUAAAGCGAAGGCUGAAUCUGAAGUCAGAAAAAAUGUAAAACUCUUACCGAUUCAUUAUAAUUAUAACUCCAUAAAGCACGACUAUAAUUUAUAGACGAGUUUAAGGCAAAGGAAAAUAUCACAUUCAUUUUAAAUUUUAUUAAUAAAA